CAAUCAAGGAGACGGGCUCGUCCAGGCAUUCGCCGUGAUACUACCCGAUCGCGCGAGUGUUCGAGCUUGAAGGAGGAAGGAAUUCUUUUACUGUGGUACAGCAACGACUACAGUAACGAUCUGCCGCACUGGUAUGACAACCCUAAACUGUGUGAGGCAUGUCACUCAUGGGUGUAGGAUACCUUAUCCGGGAGGCGCAGCGGAUGAAGGCUCGCUCAUCGUUCUCGUAAGUCAUCGACAGACUCGCGCGAAGACCGUGCUUACCCUACUACCUCGUGCAGUACACUCUCGAUACGAAUGACUAAAAGGUAGGUUCAGGAUCUGAAGAGAAGUACGUUUGCUUCCAGAGCUCGCCUCGAGGGUAGAACGCCGGCUACCAGGCGUUCAUCUCUCCCGACGACUUUUCCUCGUAUUUCAUCGCCGCGUUCAAUGAACUAUGCGCGGAAGGCGUGCAGGGUCAUAAAAAUAUGCUAUCUUGGGCUGCAUUGUCGGAGUGUUGGACGCCCUGCACGCCUGGCGGGGCUGCGCAAGUUCAUUGAGUAUUCGAAGAGCACUGAGGAGGGCGUCUGGUUUGCUACACGCGAGGAGAUUGCAAAGCACUGGAUUGAGAGGUUUCCGUACAAGGUAAAUCAAGUUGCUUCGAAGUUUUCGGAGGAAAAGGGAGGGCGUUCGUGUAAGAGCAACUGCUUCAAACGUUGUAUGCUCGCAGUUCGCCCAGCACUGGGUGUUCAUCACCACGAUGAGAUAGAAAUCGAGAGGAGAAGUUCAAAGAAAUGUGAAGAUGAAAGAGGAGCAGGAGGAACGUUUAUCGGAUUGAGCGCACGAGAUGCCCGCGUACUUGACAGUCGAACGUGGGUAUUUAAGGAGUUCGAAGAGGGCAAAUCCUUUGCUGAGUCGAGGGACGUAGCUUUGAGGCUGCACAGAUAAUGAGGUAUUCCUCGUCCAGCUGUUUUUACGAAAGGGUUCUUUGCGCGAGAAGGGCUGACAUCGGAACUUGGUGACUGGGAAGGUGAGCGUUGGGC